GGAGCUGGCGCGCUUCACUUCAAUCAAAGACACUACUUAAUAGUAUUGGUGAUGGCGGCUGCACCGGAUCUCUCCGUGGAGGAACUGAACGGCGAUGCGGAGGUGGCGAACCCUGAGAAAAAGCUUCCGGAACCGAUAUUGUUUGGUGCUCAAGAAAGUCUUGAGAAGUCAGCGGUGCAAUUGGAGCAAGAAAAGCACCAAGCAAGGGCCCGCAAAUUCGGAGUUGAGUAUGUCGAGCCCAGGAAAGAUCUCCUCCUUUCUCGAGCCGAGCUACGAACCCAGAUCGCCAGGGAGCGCGCUGGAGAUCGCAAAGGUUUUGCCGUGGGUAUUGACCUCUUCUCAGAGGAGGAGAAGGCCAAGAAGGAGCGCCGUGCGCAGCGGUAUGGCCUGGCGACUGCCGCCAAGGACGAGACGGAUGAGGAGCGGAAGCGGCGGCUACGGGCGGAGAGGUUUGGUGCGGUGGAGCCAGAACCUGCAGUUGAGGGCGCAACCAUGGACGUAGAUGCAUUGGAGGUCCGACGGGAUGCGCCUGACACCGCCUCCCUUCGGCUAGACACGAUCUAUGUGUACGGCACCGAUACACUGUCCACUAAGGACGUGUUGCGCUACUUCACGGGGUAUGGACCCAGCUUUGUGGAGUGGAUCAACGACUCCUCAUGUAACAUCGUUUUUGAGGACGAGUUUGCCGCCAAGCGCGCCCUCUUAACAAUCGGAACCCAGGAGCCGGGUUCUGCUAACGAGGCGCUCCCUGCCCCCUGGUAUGCUGGGAAGCCAUUCGAAAGGGAUGACCUCAGGCUGCCACUGAGCCUCAGGAUUGCGUGCACUGCUGACGUCAAGCCGGAAGAGGGGGUCGUCUCUCGCCAUCUGUGGAUACGAGAUGGCGGCAGAGGGCAGGGGCGAGGCAGGGGCGGGGGGCGGGGACGAGGGGCCAGCAGGAGAGAGCGGGGAGACUGGCAACAUGAGCAGCAAAGCGAAGAAGUUUGGGGUCAGGAGCCCGUCGCUGUUCAAGAGGUCCCAGAGCGGCCUUUGGGUCCUAGAAAGCGGCUCCGCAACGAUGUGGAGCCGCAACCAGGCUCGAAAGAACCUAGACAGAAUGGUAAGUCAAGAAACCGAAAACGGGGUAAGGUAAGUAAUACCCUUGCGGCGGCGGGGCAAGGAUCGGUCGAAAAGGAUGCGGAGCCUGAAAGGAUAGCUAACCCCAGGUUCGAUAGGAGAAAAGACGACGAAGAUGAUGAUUAGGCGAGCAUCGCAAAGUCUGCCUGCUUGACUCAAAUGUCCAUGCCGCGUGCACAAAGGAAAUGACGUAAUGGCAUCCGUACGAGCAUGUCGUACGCUGCAAAAAUGGUGCAAAGCGUGUCCUGCCAGGC